AUGGAGGUGUCUGUGGAAUAUAUUAUGGCACUUUAUGGCUUUAUCACUGGUGCUAACGCUUGCUUUAGACCCCUACAGAUAUAUGCAGAUAAUUGUGAAGAGCCACUGAUACUGUCAUUACCUGCAUCAGCUUUUGACAGUUCAUCCAAACUCUCCAACAACCACAACCCCAGCUUUGCAAAACUCAUCAGACGGGAUGGAGCUGGUGGCUGGUCCCCUUUGGAUUCCAGUAAGGAACAAUGGCUGCAAGUUGAUUUGGGAGACAGAGUAGAGGUUACAGGCAUUGCUACUCAGGGAAGAUAUGGAAGCUCUGACUGGACCACAAGCUACAGUCUAAUGUUCAGUGAUACAGGUCGCAACUGGAAGCAGUACAGACAGGAGGACGUCAUCUGGGUUUUCCAAGGCAAUGUCAAUGCUGACAGUGUGGUCCAGCACAAAUUCCUUCACUCUGUUAAAGCUCGCUUUGUACGCUUCGUGCCUGUGACAUGGAACCCGAAUGGAAAUAUUGGUCUGCGGGUUGAAGCUUUUGGAUGCUCGUACAAAUCUGAUGUUGCAGAUUUUGAUGGGAGGAGCUCCCUCCUCUACAGAUUCAAUCAAAAGCUGAUGAGCACCUUCAAAGACGUGGUUUCCCUGAAGUUCAAGAGCAUGCAGGGAGAUGGGGUCCUGUUUCAUGGCGAAGGGCAACAUGGAGAUUACAUUACUCUGGAGCUGCAAAAUGGGAAGCUGUUGUUGCUCAUCAACCUGGGAGAUGCCAAGCUUCAUUUUGGCAACAGCCAUACCUCCGUCACCUUGGGCAGCCUCCUGGAUGACCAACACUGGCACUCAGUUCUCAUUGAACGAUUCAAUAAGCAAGUGAAUUUCACAGUGGACAAGCACAUGCAACAUUUCCGGACUAAGGGGGAUUCUGAUGAUUUGAAUAUUGAUUAUGAGCUCAGUUUUGGAGGAAUCCCAGUCCCAGGAAAACCAGGAACUUUCCUGAAGAAAAAUUUCCAUGGAUGUAUUGAGAACCUAUAUUACAACGGAGUCAAUAUUAUUGACUUAGCCAAAAGACGGAAACCACAGAUCCACACAGUGGGCAAUGUGACAUUUUCCUGUUCAGAACCGCCAAUCACUCCCAUCACUUUUGAGAGCUCCAAUAGCAGUUACUUACUGUUAUCCGGUACUCCUCAGAUUGAUGGCUUAUCUGUCAGCUUCCAGUUUAGAACAUGGAACAAGGAUGGACUCCUUCUGUCUACUGAACUAUCAGAAAAUUCUGGCUCACUCUUGUUGUAUCUCCACCAUGGCAGACUGAUCCUCAACAUCCAAAAAGGAACACAGAAAUACAUGGGCAUCACUGCAGGCAGCAAUCUAUAUGAUGGCCUGUGGCACUCAGUUAACAUCAAUGCCAGAAGACAUCGCAUCACCUUAACUCUUGAUAAUGAUGUGGCAUCAGCUGUUCAUGCUACCACCGUUUCACAGAUUUAUUCAGGGCACAGCUAUUAUUUUGGAGGGUGCCCUGACAAUUUUACCGAUUCAAAAUGUUUAAAUCCCAUUAUGGCUCUUCAAGGUUGCAUGAGACUCAUCUUUAUUGAUAACCAGCCCAAGGACCUUACCUUAGUUCAGCAAGGCUCCCUGGGGAAUUACAGUGAUUUGCGCAUUGAUAUCUGUGGCAUCAAAGACAGAUGUUUACCAAACUACUGUGAACAUGGAGGAAAAUGUUCCCAAUCUUGGACAACAUUCUUCUGUGAUUGUAAUGAAACUGGUUACACUGGAACAACCUGCCAUAACUCUAUUUAUGGGCAAUCCUGUGAAACUUAUCGACACCAAGGAAAAACAUCUGGUUUCUUCCACAUUGACUCUGAUGCGAGUGGUCCACUUCCCCCACUUUUAGUGUACUGCAAUAUAACAGAAGACAAGAUCUGGACAGUGGUACAGCACAAUAACACAGAAUUGACUCAUGUCCAUGGAUCUGAUGCUAGGAAGCCAUAUACCAUGAACUUCAGCUACAAUAGCAGUGCAGAUCAGCUGGAAGCAAUAACAAAUAAUGCAGAAUAUUGUGACCAGGAGACAAUUUACCACUGCAAAAAGUCACGUCUGCUGAAUUCCCCAAAUGGAAUUCCAUUUGUUUGGUGGGUUGGUCGUGCCAACGAAAAACACCCAUAUUGGGGAGGAUCAAUUCCAGGAAUCCAACAAUGUGCUUGUGGUCUAGAAGAAAGCUGUGUGGAUCUGAGAUACUUUUGUAACUGUGAUGCAGACAGAGAAGAAUGGACCAAUGACACCGGUUUCCUUUCCUUUAAAGAACAUUUACCUGUGAACCAGAUAGUUAUCACUGAUACAAACAGACCUAAUUCUGAAGCUGCCUGGAGAAUUGGUCCUCUUCGUUGCUAUGGAGAUAGACAGUUCUGGAAUGCAGCUUCUUUCAGCACCGAAGCUUCAUACCUUCUCUUCCCCACUUUCCAUGCCGAGUUCACUGCAGACAUUUCUUUCUUCUUCAAAACAACCAAAAUGUCUGGAGUCUUUUUGGAAAAUUUGGGAAUGAAAGAUUUCAUCAGGGUUGAAAUAAGCUCUUCUAAAGACAUAAUUUUCACAGUUGAUGUUGGAAAUGGCCCUGUAGAGGUUACGGUUCAAUCCCCCAUGCCCUUGAAUGACAACCGGUGGCAUUCUGUGCAUGCUGAAAGGAAUCUUAGAGAAACCUCUCUUCAGGUAGACAACUUUCCAAAGAAGACUUUAGAAGCACCUGCUGAAGGACAUUUUCGAUUGCAGCUAAACAGUCAAUUAUUUGUGGGAGCAUCUGCAUCCAAACAGAAAGGUUUUAUGGGAUGUAUUCGCUCUCUACAUCUAAAUGGACAGAAACUUGACCUUGAAGAACGAGCCAAAGUGACUCCUGGUGUCAAACCAGGGUGCUCAGGUCAUUGCAGCAGUUAUGGAAACAUUUGCCAGAAUGGAGGGAAAUGUGUGGAAAAACCCAAUGGCUACUUGUGCGAUUGCACCAAUUCACCAUAUGAAGGACCAUUUUGCAGAGAAGAAGUCUCUGCCGUGUUUGAAGAAGACACUUCUAUUACCUACACAUUCCAGGAACCUUAUCCUGUAACUAAAAAUGCAAGUUCUUCCUCUUCGGCCAUUUAUGCGGGUACAUCCAUAUCCAAGGAAAACAUUGCUUUUACUUUCCUGACAGCAAAUGCUCCAAGCCUUCUGUUUUACCUCAAUGCUUCUUCUCAUGAGUAUCUGGCUGUUAUUCUGUCCAAGAAUGGAAGCUUGCAAGUCCGAUACAGAUUGAGUAAAGACAAGUCUCUUAUUUUCACAAUUGAUUCUGGAAACUUUGCUAACAGAGAACUGCACAGCGUGAAGAUCAAUAGAGAUGGAAGAGAGCUGACUAUUCAGAUUGACCAGGUUCUUAAAGUCAAGCACAACUUUUCCUCUGAGGUUGAGUUUGGAGCCAUCAAAUCGCUGACCUUGGGGAAAGUGACUGAUAGUCAGGGCCUGGAUCUGGAAAUCUCCAAGGCAAACUCCUUUGGAUUCAUUGGAUGCAUGUCAUCUAUGCAAUAUAACCAUAUUGCUCCAUUGAAAGCUGCUUUAAGACACCCCAACCUCGCACCAGUGACAGUCCUGGGUUCAUUGUCUGAAUCAAACUGCAGGUCAUUGGUUGAAGUAGAUGCAAAUACAGCAACUUCCAUUUACUCUUCCUCAGAUCCAUUUGGGAAGGCCGAUGAUAAAGAACCACUCAGCAAUGCUGUCAGAAGCGAUUCAGCCUUCAUUGGAGGUGUUAUUGCAGUUGUGAUCUUCAUCAUCUUUUGCAUUGUGGCCAUUAUGAGCAGAGUCCUCUAUCGGCACAAACAGACUCACCGGAACAGCCAGACGAAAGAAAAAGAGUAUCCAGAACACGUUGACCGUUCUUUUAAGACUGAGGUUGACUUACAAAACCCAGUGAGCGAGUGCAAACGAGAAUACUUCAUCUAA